AUGUGUGUGCUUGCAUCCGCUUCUCGCUUGCUAGCUCUCUUCGCGUAUUAUCAAGCAAUCAAUGCAGGCCAUUUGCAUUUAUUUUAUUUUAAGAUAUUAAUUGUUUUAAGUGAAAUUCAAGUACUUAAGCAAUGUUUUUGGUUGAUAAUGUCGUUUUUAUAUUUAAACAAUGGUAAAUUUAGAAUAAUGUUCUUUAACAGUGUAUUAUUACCAAAAAAUGCAGGGAUCGAGAAAACUUUGCUUAAACGUAUUCAUGAUAAUUACAAAAUAAUGAAUCAUUUACCUCAAGUCAUUAACUUAUUUAUCUCAAUUAUUCUACUUCCACGGUUUACAGUCCAUUUAUUUGCAAUUAUAAGAACCGAAUUUUCAACAAACUUUUCACCAGUUAUUAGUGAAAAGUUUUGUGAUCUGCGACAACUUUUCAUAAAAUUAUGGGUUGUUCACUCGAGAAAUCAAGUAUGGCUAGUGAAAAUCAUGCUAGCAGAAUGCUUAAAUAAAAUUGCUAAAGCACGAUGUUUAGUUUCAAAUUUGAAUUUUCUGGUUUAUAAAAUAUUCUGA